AUACUCAAAACAGUGUGCGGUGGAUCUAAACCUCUAUAAACCCUGGAAGGGACUGCAGUUCCUUGAUCUGAAAGCCCAUACUCAACGCAUAAGGAGAAAGCCCCCUUGAUAGGGUUUAUUCGAACACUGAAACGCUGUGUAAGCUUCCAAGAUUCACAUAUGGCGUCUGUUCUAUCGAGAAAUGCCCGUCGCUUUAUCUAUUUUCGCUUCCUCGGUCAAUGCAGACCGUCCGUGCUGCCGCCGCCGCCAUUACCAUCACCGUCGCCGGCAUUCGAUAAUCGAAAUCUCUCUCUCUUUUGCUCGGUUGUACCUGUAGAUGUAGGAGUGCAUUCCAUGUGGACUUAUCAAAGAUUUUUAUCUAGUGCAAGUGCAAGUACUGGUACUGUUAGCUCGGAAACUUCAGGAAAAGCUGAAGACACUAAAUCGGAUGGAGGUGAGAAGUCAGGCGAUUCGCAGCAGGACAGUGAUGCUGGAAAACCUGUACGCGGAGGGCCUGUAUCGUGGUUAAGUUUUCUGUUGCUGAUGGCCACUGGAGUUGGAAUAAUCUUAUACUACGAUAGGGAGAAGAAGCGGCAUAUUGAAGAAAUAAAUAAAGCUUCUGAGGCUGCAAAAGAGGGACCAUCUGUGGGAAAAGCAGCCAUUGGGGGGCCAUUUAAUCUCAUCAACCAUGAUGGGAAGAAUGUAACAGAGAAAGAUUUUGUGGGUAACUGGACAUUAAUAUAUUUUGGUUUCACUCACUGCCCUGAUAUUUGCCCGGAUGAGCUGCAAAAGCUUGCUGCUGCAGUUGAUAAAAUAAAGGAAAAAUCAGGGUUUGAACUUGUGCCUGUUUUCAUCUCUGUCGAUCCUGAGAGAGAUACUGUUGAGCAAGUGCGCGAAUAUGUCAAAGAGUUCCAUCCAAAAUUAAUUGGGUUAACUGGCAACCCUGAUGAGAUAAAGAAAGCUGCUCGUGCAUAUCGGGUCUAUUAUAUGAAGACAGCAGAGGAAGAUUCAGAUUAUCUGGUCGAUCACUCCAUAGUCAUGUACUUGAUGGAUCCUCGCAUGGAAUUUGUGAAGUUCUUUGGGAAGAACAAUGAUGUCGAGUCACUGGCAGAUGGUAUUAUUAAAGAGAUAAAACAGUACAAAUCUAAAAAGUAGAAAUAUCUGCUCAACUCUGUAGCGUCUUUUCUUGCUGAGAGCACUUUCAAUUUUCUCCGCCAAAUCUUUUUUAUUUGAUAUUUUCCGGGAGAGUUGAAGAUUAUAUUUUGUUUGUGGCCUGAUAAUUGUUUCCGAGACAUCCCUAGAGUGCUGGGGACAUGGAACUGUUAGUAAUGAGAUGUUUUCCAAAGAUUCUACCCUCAGCUUUCCUAAGCCACAGGGUAUUCAAUCAUCAAAAAUAGCAAUAAUUGUUGCAAUA